UCAAAAAUUUCGAGCAAAAAUUUCGCUCCCUCCAUUUUAUCCCUCUUUUCCGAAUUCCCUCCACUCCAGCCAAAUAAACCCACUCACAAACACUUCCCAUCUCACAAACUCUAACCAUGCCCAAUCAAUUCGAAAAAACCCUAGCUAUCUCCAUCUUCAUAUCGGUAAGAAAGGCGGAAGCGCCAAACCAGAUCUACAGAACCCUAGCUUAGCUCUUCAAGCUCCGCCCUAGCGCAGCUCGCUUCCUUCCUCAAUGUCCGGUACAGUACAUGGAUACUUUUGAAAGAAGAAAUAAAAGGUGGUUCCAUUUGAAGAACUCGGGGCUGCCAGGCUCAAGAACAAACUAGAGAUGGUGAUGUUUAUUUUUCAUUGUUUUUCAUUGCAAAAAUUGGAAAUAAUGUUUGAUUUUUUUGGUGGGGAGGCAAACUGGGAAAAAAUACUGCAAAACCUAAGCUUUUAAACUGCAAACUUGCAAACUCAAAUAUCAAGUACACAUUUUCUGCGAUAUGUUGUGUAAUAAGAUUGCCUAAUUGAGUUGUUAAUAUAUUUGAUUGUUUAUUAUUUUUUGCAGAAUUAAGAAUCCAAUCUACAACUAAAUUAGAUUACAUUUUUAUCAAUUGGGUUAAAGUGAUUAUGUAUCUAGUACUUUGGAUGUGUAGUGACGUGUACCCCUUGAUUUUUAUUUGUAGGAGGCUAUUAACAGGUUAAUCAUGCUUUUUAUGAAGCUGAAAGUGUACAAACGCAAUCAUCUGAAGUUGAAAUUGAUAUAUCUAAUGAAACAAAAGCUGCCCUGCAAUGUCCAAGUUUCUUCCCACAAACGGAUUCCAUCUCGGAGCUCUCAAGACUUGCAUGAACAUUCAUUACCCAUUAGACAUGUAGUUUUAGCUUUCAAAUGUUUUGUACACAUUUUAAACAAUAGUAAUGUGAAGCAUGUAUUUUUUGGAAUAUUCUUAUAUUACACUACAAUUUAUUGUGGGUUUAUUAUAAUAAACUCCACACAGGUUAAUUUUAUUGCUAUUAUUUAUUUGUAUGGUUAAGUGUUAAAAUUUAUUUUUUUAUACGUUCACUUUGUAAUUA